AUGCUGCGCCAAUCACAGGCCUACUGUUCAGAUGUAUCUUGCACCAACGAUAUGAACGAACUCAGACAGGGAGAUGCAGGCGGUAUGUCUACGGUUUAUGGGCUGCUCUUUGCAUGGGUCCUGAUAACUUUCGGCAUGCUUGCCUAUCAGACAGCAAGAAGAAGUAUUGGUGGAUCAUCUAAGCCGGAACGUUCUCACUUGAAUGGUUCGGUAACUAACUUCGAAAAACGUUUUUGCUCAGUUUUGUCAUUUUUUGCUGUUGGUUGCAUACACAAAUACUUCGAUGGUCAAGGUAUUGUGUAG